GAGAGCAGACGUAUCUGAAGCUGUCAGGGAGGAACCAUGGCGACCAUCUCUGAACCGGACCCUGGACUCUCUGAGGAACCUGAGGACACGUCUUUGGACCGGGAGGAGACCAGGAAGAGAAGAUCUGCUGGUAGAGCAAGGAAGAAGGCUAAGUCCAGACGCCCUGGAAGCCGUCAGAGAGUAACAAUGGUCACCAUCUCUGAACAUGACCCUGGACUCUCUCAGGAACCAGAGGACACGUCUUUGGACCGGGAGGAGACCAGGAAGAGAAGAUUUGCUCUAUGGUUUCACAUCACUGUCAUUGUGAGCAUCGGACUGCUGAGUAUUCUCCUCAUCUCCCUGCGCUUCAACUCACCGUCACCCUGGAUAGAGGGGAGAGAGCACUUACUGGAUGAACUCGAUGAAUUGACACUUCAGGGCUGGAUGCUUUACGACAAGAGUCUCUACCGUGUUUCUACUACUAAGAAGGGCUGGAGGGCCAGUAGAGAAGACUGUCAGAAGAGAAAGGCAGACCUGGUGGUCAUCAACAGCAGAGAAGAACUGGCGUUUGUCAGCAGAUUGGUGGGUUCUUCCUGGAUUGGACUGAGUGAUCGAGAGAAAGAGGGGACCCACAAGUGGGUGGAUGGUACCCCCAUGACCUCAAGUUGGAGACACGUUAAACCACGCGAUGACGGCGGAGCAAGAGACUGUGUCGUAGCAUGGGAGGACGGCUGGUCUGAAGAACCGUGUAACAGACUGCACCACUGGAUCUGUGAGAAGGUCCUAGACCUGGAUCAUCUGGAGGCUGAGCGGAACAAAGAGGGUUCAGUGAUGGCCACGGAGGAGGAGGAGGAGGCCCCCAGCAUCACAGAGUUCCACUCCUCUACCCACGUGUUGCCCGUGGGCCAAACGGCCCGCUACACCUGCCACGCCGGCGGCACGCCGGAGCCCACAGUAGAGUGGCUCCACAACGGCAGGCCCCUGGAGAGGGACGGCACAGACGACCAAUCAGAGGCCUGGGUGGAGAGGGGGUUCCUCUUCGUCAGAGGGGUGAGGUACGGCGUGAACACGGUCUGCUGCAUGGCGAGCAACAGCGCUGGCACGGCCAAUCACAGCGCUGAGCUGCUUGUCUUUGAUGCCUGUGACCUCACACUGGACCCCAACACGGCCCACAGAGAACUCUCUCUGUCUGAGGACAACAGGAAGGUGACGUGGGUUGAAGAGGACCAGUCGUAUCCGGAUCACCCAGACAGAUUUGACUCCGUGCUCCAGGUGUUGGGUAGAGAGGCUCUGACUGGCUGCUGUUACUGGGAGGUAGAGUGGGAAGGAGUGCUUUUUAUAGGAGUGACAUACAGAGGAAUCACAAGGAGAGGAGGGGGUGGUGACAGCUGGCUUGGAGGGAACAACAAGUCCUGGGUUCUUCAUUGUUCUGAUGGUGGUUACUCUGCCCGGUACGACGGUAUAAAGACAGCCCUCCCUCUCCCCCCCGCUGGCUCCACCAGAGUAGGAGUGUAUCUGGACCGGCCUGCUGGCUCUCUGUCCUUCUACAGAGUGUCCCCAGGUGGAGGAGGGUCCUCAGACACACUGACACACCUCCACACCUUCUGGUCCUCCUUCACCCAGGAGGACCUCCUCCCGGGGCUGGGGGUAUGGGUGGGGACGGGCUGGACCAUCAGCUACCAUAGCUGGACCAACAACUACCACCGCUGGCCCGAGUACCAAAACAUCAAGCCCCACAACAACCACAGCUGGACCAACAACUACAACAGCUAUCCGAACAACUACCCCAGCUGGACCAACUUCUCUAACACUGGCCCAACUCCAACCAUAGCUGGAGCAACAACUACCACAGCUGGACCAACAACAACCAUAGCUGGAGCAACAACUACCACAGCUGGCCCAACUCCAACCAUAGCUGGAGCAACAACUACCACAGCUGUUCCAAGUCCAGACAGUACAGGUGACCCAAGUACAACCACAGCUAGCCCGACAAUGAGCACCACUAGCCAAACUACAAGCACAUCUGGCCCAACUGCAGCCACGGCAGACCCAACUACCACAGCUGGACCAACAAUGACCGAGGACUCGAGGUUCAAGACAACCACAGCUACCCCAACAACUACCACCGCUGGACCAACAACUACCGCCCAAAACAACCACUGCUCGACCUACAAAAGCCACAGCUGGAACAACAACUACCACAACUGCCCCUACAACUACAACCGCCGGACCAACAACCACUACUGCUGGACAGACAACAACCAAAGCUGGACCAAUAACUACCUCCGCUGGACGAACAACUACUACAGCUGCCCCAACGACUACCAGAGCUGUCCCAACAACUGCCACAGCUCGACCAACAACUUCCACAGCUGGAUCAACAACAACCACAACUGUCCCAACGACUGCCACAGCUGCCCCAACAACAACCAUAGCUGCCACAACAACUAG